CAAGUCAUAUCUUUAUUUUAAUUCUUGGCGGGCUAUGGCCCACACAAAUCCACACAUUAAUACCCAUACCCAACUCCCGUCAACCAUCUCUUAGCCCUUUACAUUUUCUCAUCUCCAUGAACUUUAACUAACACUUAUUCAACUCCACUUGAACACAACUCAAUUCUAGCUCAAUUCAUGUAAUUCUCCACAAUUUUCAAUCACAAUGAGAAUCCAUUUUCUUAUUUGUUUUCUUCUCAUCGCCAUUUCUAAUGUAUAUUCUUUAUCUUCCGACGGCCUCGCUCUCCUCUCCCUAAAAUCGGCCGUCGAUCACUCUCCAUCCUCGUCCGCAAUCUUUUCAGACUGGAACGAGGAUGACCCCAAUCCAUGUGGAUGGACUGGGGUUUCCUGCGACGGAAAUUCCAAUUCUACCCCCGACCCUCGGGUUGUUGGAAUUUCCGUCGCAGGUAAAAAUCUCCGAGGGUAUAUACCCUCGGAGUUAGGCUCACUUACUUAUUUAAGACGACUAAACCUCCAUGGAAAUAGCUUUUAUGGAUCAAUUCCUGAUCAAAUUUUCAAUGCUACUUCAUUACACAGCAUAUUUUUGUAUGGUAAUAAUCUCUCUGGCCCUCUCCCUGCUUCUAUAUGUUCACUCCCAAGAAUUCAGAAUUUGGAUGUUUCUAGAAACUUCCUCUCCGGCGAGAUUCCGAAAGGAUUAAAGGAAUGUAAGCAGCUUCAAAGGUUGAUUUUAGCGAGAAAUAACUUUUCCGGCGAAAUUCCGGGAGGAAUUUGGUCGGAAUUAGUGAAUCUUGUUCAACUUGAUUUAUCUUCCAAUCAAUUAGAAGGAAAAAUCCCAGAAGAACUUGGGGAACUAAAAUCUCUUUCCGGGACAUUAAACCUUUCUUUCAACCAUCUUUCCGGGAAGAUCCCGAGAUCGCUGGGUGAUCUUCCUAUGACGGUGAGUUUUGACUUAAGGGCGAAUAACCUAUCCGGGGAAAUCCCCCAGAUUGGUUCAUUUGCCAAUCAAGGGCCCACCGCCUUUCUUGGAAAUCCGCUUUUAUGCGGAUUCCCAUUACAAAAAGACUGCUCACAAAUAUCAAAAAACCCACCAAUUUCCCAAUCAGGGGAAAACAACAAAAAUGGGGUCACUGGGAAGCAUCAUGGACUCAGCCCAGGGCUGAUCCUGCUCAUUUCUGCAGCUGAUGCAGCUGCGGUCGCAUUAAUAGGUCUAAUCCUAAUAUACUUUUAUUGGAGAAAGAAAGACCAUUCCACAGGGUGCAGCUGCACAGGUACAAUUAAACUAGGACACCAUAAGAAAGAUCAAAGGUCACCCUUAUGUGGUUGUUUUGGUGGGUCCCACAAUAACGACGUCGAGAGCGAGUCGGAUAAAGAGAGCUCGGAAGGAGGACGAGGCGGCGGAGGAGGCGGAGACGGAGAAGGAGAAGGGGGAGAACUAGUGGCAAUUGAUAAGGGGUUUACAUUUGAAUUGGAUGAAUUAUUAAGGGCAUCAGCAUAUGUGCUUGGAAAAAGUGGGUUAGGCAUAGUUUAUAAAGUAGUGUUGGGAAAUGGAAUACCAGUAGCAGUAAGAAGGUUAGGAGAAGGGGGAGAUCAACAAAGGUAUAAAGAAUUUGCAGCAGAAAUUCAAGCAAUUGGGAAGGUUAAACAUCCAAAUGUGGUUAAAUUGAGAGCUUAUUAUUGGGCUCCUGAUGAGAAAUUGCUCAUUUCUGACUUUAUUUCUAAUGGCAAUCUUACCAAUGCUCUUCGAGGGAGAACAGGGAAAGCAUCAACAAGUCUAACAUGGUCAACUAGGUUAAAAAUUGCCAAAGGAACAGCAAGGGGUUUAGCUUAUCUACAUGAAUGCAGCCCUAGGAAAUUUGUGCAUGGAGAUAUUAAACCAUCCAACAUUCUCCUAGAUAACGAGUUCCAACCCUAUAUAUCAGACUUUGGCCUAAAUCGACUAAUAAGCAUUGCAGGCAACAAUCCUUCCUCUUCCGGUGGCUUCAUGGGAGGAGCGUUACCUUAUAUUAAGUCUACAAAUCAUGAAAAGAUUAACAACUAUCGUGCACCAGAGGGUAGGAUCCCUGGUAGUCGACCCACUCAAAAAUGGGACAUUUACUCAUUUGGAAUCGUGUUACUCGAGUUACUUACAGGAAAAUCUCCGGAACAUUCUCCACCAACAACAUCAACAUUGACCAGUACCGAGAUUUAUGAUUUAGUGAAGUGGGUAAAAAAGGGUUUUGAAGAGGAAAUUCCUCUAUCCGAAAUGGUGGACCCUAUGUUGUUACAAGAGUUGCAUGCUAAGAAAGAUGUAUUAGCUAUGUUUCAUGUUGCUCUUUCUUGUACUGAAAGUGAUCCGGAGAUUCGGCCUAGAAUGAAGACGGUGUCAGAAAAUAUUGACAAAAUUGGGACUUAAAACAUGUAAUCUUGCUCAUAGUUUGGUAUACUAUAUUAUGAGAUAGUACUAGGGUAGUUAAAUUGGGCAUGAUUUCAUGUUUUUGACAACAAGAAUAUUUUUUAUCACUUUUUUUUUAAAUGUUUAGUUGGAUUGAGGGAGAUGGGGGUAUUCACAAUUGAUGAUUAUUAUUUGUAAUUUGUUAUUUGUAACUUUUUAAUUUAAAGUCAAAUCAUUUAAAUAUAUUUUACUA